AUGUCUUCACCGGGUUCAAAUAGAAAUGCAUCGCGAGCAAAUUCCCUUGGCAGCCCCCCAGCCCAUCGGAGAGGUUUGAAGAGGAGUGCGGCUGCUUGCGAACGCUGCCGCCGGAGGAAACAAAAAUGCGAUGGAAAACUCCCUAUCUGCGGCCCCUGUGGCUCGGCCAGAGCCAUCUGCGUGCCUUCGGAGCGAUUGGUAGUCCGUCCAGACUUUUGUAGUCACUGCGUGGGACUCCGAGAGAAGGUAGCCCGGCUUGAGGCCGAGGUGCAGGCUCUAGAGUCUCGAUCAUUGAACGAGCACCAGAACGGCGACGGAGAUUCGCAGCAGCACCUUGGCUACACCUCCUCGGAAGGCCAAAGCAUCAGCGCGGCCCCGUGUCGCAGCCUCGACAUAGCUUACACGGGGCGGAUACUACGCCCAACCUUUGCAUCAAGACUGAAUGGACAAGAAGUAGACGACGCAUUCAAGAGCAGUCCGUGGCAUCUGUGGAGAGAUGACCCAACCACUGCCGCCACUCCCGGACUUGCUGAACAAACAGCCUGGCCUUUGGACGCACAUGCAUCAAAGCUGAUUGACAUUUUUUUCGCCCGCCGAUGGCCGUCUCUGCCCAUUCUACACCAGCCUACAUUCAGGCAGAGGCAUUAUGAGCCUCUUCUGAAUGGCAAACCUGCAAAAGACCUCUCUCACUUCCAGGUUUACAUGGUUCUCGCCAUUGCUGGCGCAGAAGCGCCGUCAGCAAACCGCAGCCAAACCUUGUCGCAUCAAGAUUUCUUUCAAAUUGCCAUCCGUGACUUGCACCUGAUUCUCAACGCUGAUGAUCUAGAGUGCAUCCAAUGUCUGUUAUUGCUAUGCAUGUAUGGCAGCAACGAGCCACAAUCCGUCAACAUGUGGUAUACAAGCGGUCUGGCACUACGCCUUGCCAUUGGCAUUGAUCUACAUCGUGCCGAGACCACCUCAAAGCUGGAUCUACUCCACGCCGAAAUGUCCAAACGCAUAUUCUGGUGCGCAUAUGUCAUGGAUCGCAGCAUGGCAAUCGCCAUGGGCCGGCCAUUGGGUAUCCAAGAUACGGACAUUACCACUCCACUGCCAUUGCAGCUCAGCGACUCUCAAUUGAUGGAGCUCAGCGAAGGCCCCGUGAUGGGCAAUUUGGUAGCACAAAGUGAUGACAUGUCAACAUUCAUUCACGUAAGCAAGCUUCGGCGUCUCAAUGGCGAAAUUUACAAAAGCUUUCACGCUCCCGUUAUAAGUGGCAUGGCCGACGUCGCUCUCGACACUGUCCGAUCGGGGUAUCUCUCGCGGCUAAACGACUGGAUUGCAGCGUCGCCGAGAUACUUGCCAACGGCCUCAAUGUUCCAGUCUCCCGAAUGGUUCCAGAUUGCCUAUCAUCAAGCCGUCUUGUCGCUCUAUCGCCCUUCGCGCGGCGCACCCAUGAGCUCAAUCGAUAGCCUUCGACUGUGCAUGGACUCGGCAAUCAGCAUGGUCGGCUGCUACAAUGCAUUGUACGCCAAGAACAAGAUUGUCUACACCUUUCUCGCGCUAAACUCGGUCUUCAUGGCUGCCGUCACCAUCUUGUACUGUAUCCGUGCCAGCUCGGCUAUUCGGGAUGAGCUGAGCAAGUCUGUCGCCGAGGCCAAUAUUUCAUCUGCGGUGCGCCUCUUGCAGAGUCUGUCCUCUGGUCGGUCAGUGGGCAGCAGAUGCACGGAAAUCAUUGAGCGGCUGAGCUCAGCUGUGCUCACCGUCUUUGAUCAGCCUGUGCAGUCAGAAGAACUGGUCGAUGCAGAGUUUUUGUCCUGGUUUGGGCUCAAAUUUCUCAGUGUUCGCCCCGACGAAGGUUUCCGGGCAGAGGACAUGGGUGUCCCUGCUCAGCCCACUCCAAAUUUUGACAUACCGUGGAAUGACUUGAUGGAUGCGGGAUAUGAAAUGAUCAAUACCACUUAUAUGGACAUGCUGUUCUAG